UUCCCUCCUCAAUUUUCCUGCACGAAUACCCCACAAUACCCCAUAUCACUAAGCAUUGCCUUGCAAUACGGAGGCCCUCAAUAUAAUAUCCACGAAUUCCCCCCACACCAUGUUUUCCUCUGUCUUUCGCUUUUCAUAUCCUGAUCAAGCAAUAAACACAAAAAUACUAAUUUUGGUCCAUCAUGGCGCCCUCUCUCCUUGAUCCCAGUCUCAAUCCCCCCACAGCCGCAACGCCGGCCAAACAAUCUACAGAGACUAUUGUCACGCCUUUCCCCAACCCUUCUCUUCAAGUCACAGCCGAUCACAAGCUCAAGGCCAUUGAUGCACCGGUGUAUGCCCCAAAGCACGGUGAAGUUCUACUUCAAAUCAAGGCAACUGGAAUUUGCGGUUCUGAUCUUCACUUUUGGAAGACCGGUUGCAUUGGAGAACUAAUCUUCAAGGGCGAUUGCAUUAUCGGACAUGAAGCCGCAGGUGUUGUCUUGAAAUGUGGCGAGGGAGUCACUCACCUCCAUCCAGGUGACCGAGUGGCUGUGGAGCCGGGUGUGCCCUGCGGGGACUGCUUUCUCUGCCUCGACGGCCGUUAUAACCUUUGCGAAGAUGUCCAGUUCGCAGGUGUAUACCCUUACGCUGGAACAAUUCAACGAUACAAGACGCACCCAGCAAAAUGGGUUCACAAGCUCCCCGAUAAUCUCACUUACGCGGAGGGUGCCCUCCUUGAGCCCCUCUCGGUUGUUAUGCGUGGAAUGUCAGUCGCUGGCUUGCAGCUUGGUCGCGGGGCCGUCGUCUGCGGUGCCGGACCCAUUGGACUAAUCGCCUUGGCUGCGGCACGGGCGUCAGGCGCUCAUCCUAUCGUUAUCACAGACCUAGAGCCUAGUCGGCUGGCGUUCGCCAAGGAGUUCGUCCCGAGCUGUAUCACAUACCAGGUGAACCGCGAUCUAGAUGCCCAAGGAAACGCCAAGGCAAUCCGAGCGCUGUUCGGCACCGAAGAAUACUUUGCCCCGGAGACGGUUCUCGAGUGCACCGGUGUUGAAAGCAGUGUAUGCACUGCUGCGUUCACUGCCCGCCGAGGCGGUGCGGUCGUGGUCAUUGGCGUGGGUAAAGCUGUGAUGAACAACUUGCCGUUUAUGCAUAUCUCGCUGGCUGAGAUUGACUUACGCUUCAUCAACCGCUACCGCGACACUUGGGCUCCAGCUAUUCAGUGCAUGAGCGGCGGAAUCCUCGAUCUCAAGAAACUUGUUACUCAUACAUUCCCAUUAGAACAGGCUGAGUCGGCUUUGCAAUUGUGCUCUAACCCGAAGAACCCGAGUAUCAAGGUCUUGGUGGUGGACGAGGUGGAAGCUACAUUGUAGUGUUAUAUUUGCGGGGAUUGUCUUGUUUACAUUCGUUUUGGCGUUGAUGAUAGAGUGCGAAGUGUGUAACAAUUUGAUAUCAGGACUAGUUACGAAGGCUACUUGGCUUGGAUUUGAAGUUAA